AUGGCGGAGGCAGGGGGACCGGAGUCUGCCGCGGCCCGGUGCCCGGAUGAGUCGUCGGACAGCGAGCCAGAGCAGGAGCCCGGAACCCCGCAGAAACUGAUCCGGAAAGUGUCCACAUCCGGACAGAUCCGCAGCAAGACCGUGCUGAAGGAGGGGACUCUGAUGAAACAGACGAACUCGUUCCAGCGCUGGAAGAGACGAUACUUCAAACUGAGAGGGAGAACGCUGUACUACGCUCAGACCUGCAAGUCGAUCAUCUUUGACGAGGUCGACCUGACGGACGCCAGCGUGGCCGAGAGCAGCACCAAGAACGUCAACAACAGCUUCACUGUGAUCACGCCCUGCAGACGUCUCAUCCUGUGUGCUGACAACAGGAAGGAGAUGGAGGAGUGGAUGGCGGCGCUGCGCUGUGUCCAGAACAGACAGAACUAUGAGUCCACCCAGUACAGCAUGGAUCACUUCAGUGGGAUGCACAACUGGUACGCUUGCUCUCACGCCAGACCGACUUACUGCAACGUCUGCAGGGAGGCUCUGUCAGGGGUCACCUCGCACGGCCUCAGCUGUGAAGUGUGUAAGUUUAAGGCUCAUAAGCGCUGUGCGGUCCGAGCCACCAACAACUGCAAGUGGACGACUCUGGCUUCUAUUGGGAAGGACAUCAUCGAGGACGAGGACGGGGUGUCGAUGCCUCAUCAGUGGUUAGAGGGGAACCUGCCGGUCUCAGCUAAAUGUAACGUCUGUGACAAAACAUGUGGGAGCGUCCUCCGUCUGCAGGACUGGAGGUGUCUCUGGUGUAAAGCCAUGGUGCACUCAGGCUGUAAGGAACAACUGUCCUCUAAAUGUCCGCUGGGUCAGUGUAAAGUGUCCGUCAUCCCUCCGACUGCACUCAACAGCAUCGACUCUGACGGUUUCUGGAAGGCGUCCUGUCCCCCCUCCUGCACCAGCCCUCUGCUGGUGUUCGUCAACUCCAAGAGUGGAGACAAUCAGGGUGUCAAGUUUCUGAGGCGCUUCAAACAGCUGCUGAACCCGGCACAGGUGUUCGACCUGAUGAACGGGGGACCACACCUUGGUCUGCGUUUGUUCCAGAAGUUUGAUACGUUCAGGAUCCUGGUGUGCGGAGGAGACGGCAGCGUCGGCUGGGUCCUGUCUGACAUUGACGCUCUCACCCUGCACAAACAGUGUCAGCUGGGAGUUCUUCCUCUUGGGACAGGAAACGAUCUGGCCCGGGUGCUGGGUUGGGGCUCAGCCUGUGAUGAUGACACGCAGCUGCCUCAGAUCCUGGAGAAGCUGGAGAGAGCCAGCACCAAGAUGUUAGACAGGUGGAGCAUCAUGGUUUAUGAGACCAAGUUUCCACGGCAACACUCUGCCUCCACCGUCACCGAGGACUGCAGUGACGACUCUGAGGUGCAGCAGAUUCUGACCUAUGAAGACUCCGUGGCUGCUCACUUGUCCAAGAUCCUGACCUCAGACCAGCACUCAGUGGUCAUCUCCUCCGCCAGGGUUCUCUGUGAGACGGUGAAGGACUUCGUGGCUCGUGUUGGGAAGGCGUACGAGAAGAACACGGAGAGUUCGGAGGAGUCGGAGGCCAUGGCCAAGAAGUGUGGUGUGUUGAAGGAGAAGCUGGACUCUCUGCUGAAGACUCUGAACGAGGAGUCGCAGGCCUCCACCGUGCCCCUGCCAGCUCCUCCCCCCACCAUCACUGAGGAGCAGGAGGAGGUGGAGGGAGUUGUUCUGCUGCCUCCUCUUCAUCACCCCCCCCCUCCCCCUCAUCCUCCCCCACCCCCUCACCCCCAUCCCUGCUCCCCACGGACCAACGCCUCCAACGCCACCAUCUUCAAACCUCGAGAGCAGCUGAUGCUGAGAGCCAACAGUCUGAAGAAGGCCAUCAGACAGAUCAUCGAGCACACAGAGAAAGCGGUGGACGAGCAGAACGCUCAGACGCAGCAGCAGCUGUUUUCUCUGAGUCGGGCCGAGGAGGACGAAGGUCUGGUGGAGGAGGAAGAGGAGGAGGAGGAGCUGGAGGAGGACAAGAUGUCUCUGCAGUCGUCCUACAGCGCCAAGCAGCGCAGCUCACGCAGAAUCAGUAAGACGCCCUGUGAGAAGCUCAUUAGUAAGGGCAGCCUUUCACUGGGCAGCUCCGGAUCACUUCCUGUCCAGACAGGAAGUCGUGAGAACAUGCCGAUGCUCAACACAAAGAUUCUGUAUCCAGGUCUCAGAGGGAUCUCAGGUUCUCUCUCCAGCAGCUCAGUGAUCAGCCGCCUGCUGGUCAACGCCGACCCCUUCAGCUGUGACCCUGACAACAUGGACUGCUACACUGAGAAGUGUGUGAUGAAUAACUACUUUGGAAUCGGUCUGGAUGCUAAAAUCUCUCUGGACUUCAACAACAAAAGAGACGAACAUCCAGAGAAGUGCAGGAGUCGGACGAAGAACAUGAUGUGGUACGGCGUGCUGGGCACCAAAGAGCUGCUGCACAGAACCUACAAGAACUUGGAACAGAAGGUUCUCCUGGAGUGUGAUGGGCGUCCCAUCCCUCUGCCCAGUCUGCAAGGCAUCGCUGUGUUGAACAUCCCGAGCUACGCAGGAGGAACAAAUUUCUGGGGAGGAACCAAAGAAGACGACACGUUUACAGCUCCGUCCUUUGAUGAUAAGAUCCUCGAGGUAGUGGCCGUGUUUGGCAGCAUGCAGAUGGCCGUGUCCAGAGUCAUCAACCUGCAGCACCACCGCAUCGCACAGUGUCGGACAGUGAAGAUCACCAUCCUGGGUGAUGAAGGCGUCCCGGUGCAGGUGGACGGGGAGGCGUGGGUCCAGCCUCCAGGUUACAUCAAGAUCAUCCACAAGAACCGAACCCAGACCCUGACCAGGGACAGAGCGUUUGAGAGCACCCUGAAGUCAUGGGAGGACAAACAGAGGUGUGAGUUCCUCCGGACCCCCCCUCCUCAGCCCCCGCAGCCCCCCCUGUCCUCCCAGCCAGAGAUCGUCUCUGAAGACGAGGCGUCCCUCGUCAGCGAGUUCGGUCAGGCAGCCGGAGCUCUUAUCCAUAGUAUUCGUGAGGUGGCUCAGUCUCACCACAGUCUGGAACAGGAACUGGCUCAUGCUGUCAACGCAAGCUCCAAGGCCAUGGACGUGGUCUACGCCGACUCCAAGAGCUCCGGGGCUCUGAGCUGCAGUGUGGUCCUUCAGAUGGUCAGUAACGUCAAGGCUUUACUCAGUGAGACUGAACUGCUGCUGGCUGGAAAGAUGUCCAUGCAGCUGGAUCCUCCUCAGCAGGAGCAGCUGAAUGCGGCUCUGGGCUCGGUGGCUCAGCAGCUCCGGCGGCUGGCAGAGGUUCCCUGGUUGUGUCCCGUCAUCGACCCGUCGGACCAGGAGGGUCCUCUGACAGAUUUCUCAAAACGAAGUCGGAGUGCAAAGUUUCGUCUUGUCCCGAAGUUCAAAAAAGACAAAAACAACAAGAACAAGGAGACCUGCACCACGCUGUCUCUGCCAGUCCACCAGUGGGGGACUGAGGAGGUGGGGGCGUGGCUGGACUUUCUGUGUCUCACUGAGUAUAAGGACAUCUUUAUUGGACAUGAUGUCCGCGGAGCUGAGCUUAUCCACCUGGAGAGGAGGGACCUGAAGGACCUGGGGGUGACUAAGGUGGGCCACAUGAAGCGGAUCCUUCAGGGCAUCAGGGAGCUGAACCGGAGCAGCGAGGCCUGACAGCUGCAGAGACGGCCGUCUGCUCUCCCCCUACCUCUGCUGCCAUCAACCUCUGACCUCUGACCCUGAACCAACCAGUCUGUGACAUCACAUCUGAUCAGUGAUUGAACGCUCGUGACAAAUCAGAUGAUCCACCAGUGCCUUGUCAUCUCACAGUGACCAAUCACCAUACAGGAGGUCGGGGGGCAGAGCCAAUCACAAACUUUAUUUACAGUAAUCCUCGUGAACGACUUUAUUAUCAGGACAGAAGACGUUUACAGACCGAUCCUGGACCCAUCCUGGACCGGGUCUCCAGCAGAGUCUCGGCUCGGUUCUGAAUCAAGUAGAGCCAGAUCCGCCUCUGGUUCUGGACACGUUGGACCAGGACUCAGCAGAACCCUUUAAACCUUUUAUAACCAUUCAUGUCCUCAGUCUGCCAACAGGGACACUGUGAGGGGGGACACCUGACUGAGGGGGGACACCUGACUGAGGGGGACACCUGACUGAGGGAGUAGGACGCCUGACUGAGGAGGGACGCCUGACUGAGGGAGUAGGACACCUGACUGAGGAAGGAGGACACCUGACUGAGGGAGGACACCUGACUGAGGGGGGACGCCUGACAGAGGGAGUAGGACGCCUGACCUAGGGGGGGACACCUGACUGAGGGAGUAGGACACCUGACUGAGGAGGGACGCCUGACUGAGGGAGUAGGACACCUGACUGAGGAAGGAGGACACCUGACUAAGGGAGGACACCUGACUGAGGGGGGACGCCUGACUGAGGGAGUAGGACACCUGACUGAGGAAGGAGGACACCUGACUGAGGGAGGACACCUGACUGAGGGGGGACGCCUGACUGAGGGAGUAGGACGCCUGACUGAGGGGGGGACACCUGAUUGAGGUAGGGGGACCUGUAGAACCUGAUAAUGUAAUAAAUUCCAGAUAAUGUAAUAACCCCGAUAAUGUAAUAAAAAUCUGCACUUGAGUCCAUUGAAAAUGUAAUAAAACCUGAUAAUGUAAUAACUUCCCAUUAAUGUUAUACUUUAUUACAAUAUUGGUAAAAAGUGUAUUCCAUUAUUGGGAAAUGCACUUUAUUACAUUAUCAGGAAGUUAUUACAUUAUCAGGUUUUUAUUACAUUUUCAAUGGACUCAAGUGCAGAUUUUUAUUACAUUAUCGGGAAUUUAUUACAUUAUCAGGUUCUACAGGACCACCUGACUGAGGGGGACACCUGACUGAGGGAGGCGGACACUAAAACAUAUUUAUUUCUUGUAUAAACUGCAGUUUAUAUUUCGAGUUGUCUUUCAAACGUGAUGAGGGGACACUGAGAGAAGCUGAGAGAAGCUGAGAGACGCUGAGAGACACUGAGAGACGCUGCGACGGUCCUGAAGCAAUCAGGUGUUCUGAGGAGACGUGUCCUGUCCGUCUGUCCCACUCUGAGACAGGUUGGACGCCUGUAAGGGACCAAAUGCUCUGAAGCCUUAAACUGAAGAAUCAUUUCAAUAAACUAUUUCAUAUCACA